AUGCGACAGGCAGAGAAAUUUACAAGUUAUUUUGCGUACGGAUUGCUGGGGGCCAGCGGCUGCGGUAAGACAACACUGUUAAGUUGUCUCGUCGGCCGACGAACCUUAAAUAACGGAGAGGUACUCGUCCUGGGACAUGAGCCGGGCUCUCCUAACAGCGGAAUUCCCGGACCGCAGGUUGGCUACAUGCCACAAGAAUUGGCGCUGUACGACUAUUUUACCAUCAAGGAGACCCUGGAAUAUUUCGGGCGCAUUUAUAAAUUGAAAAGUGCUUUUGUGAAAUCGCAAUUGAAGUUUCUGUCCAAUUUGUUGGAUCUGCCCCCGUGUGAUCGUUACGUCAAGACGCUGAGUGGCGGACAGCAGCGACGCGUCUCUUUCGCCGUCGCUUUGUUUCACGAUCCUGAUUUGCUCAUCUUGGACGAACCGACAGUUGGCGUUGAUCCUUUACUGAGCAACAGGAUAUUUUUGUUCACGUACUUGUUGCCGGCCUUGCAAGCAGCCCUAUUCAAUGUGACCCUUGGGCACGAGCCAAUGGGCCUGAAAAUGGCCGUCGUCAAUGAAGAAAUCGAUCCGAGUCUGGGCCGCGUUUGCAACUACACGACAGAUUGCGCUUAUUCGAUGCUCAGCUGUCGCUACCUUCGCUACAUUAAUAACAACAUCAUUCAGGUUGAGAUUGUGUAUAAUAUGGCUGUGGCCUUAACAGCCGGUGUUUUCAUUACUGAGAGAAAACAAGGACUCAUCGACCGCAGUCUAGUGGCAGGUGUUCAAAUGCCUGAGAUCUUGCUGAGCUACUUGAUAAACCAGUUUACCAUCAUCAUUGGCCAAACCGCUUUGGUGUACCUGUUCAUGUUAAUGGUGUUCAAGAUUCCUUGUCAGGGCGAUUUGGCACUAGCCAUUUUGAUCACUCUUCUCCAAGGGCUUGUCGGCAUUUCUUUCGGACUGCUGAUAUCCACCGGAUGCGAUAACGAAAUGGGAGCCCUUUCACUCUCACAGGCCAGUUUUCUUCCGUUGUUAGUUAUAAGUGGAAUUUGCUGGCCGAUUGAGGGUAUGCCUUUCUACCUGCGCAAAAUCGCGUACGCCACUUUGACGUACGCCAUCGAAUCUGUCGGAUGCAUUUUCGCAAGAGACUGGGGUGUGGAGCAGCCCAAUGUCUACGCCGGAAUUUUAGUUAGUUGCGGAUGGAUUUUGACUUUUCUCGUUCUCUGCUUGGUUGUCGCUCGCGUUCGCAACUCUUCCAGUUAAUAGAACAUUUUACUUUGGCCA